GCGCGCGCGCGCACGUGGGGCCGGGGCGGAGAGAAGCGAGGUCCCGGGGCUGACGGACGCGGGGCCGGCGGAAUGGGUGAAUUUAAGGUCCAUCGAGUUCGUUUCUUUAAUUAUGUUCCACCUGGGAUCCGCUGUGUAGCUUACAAUAACAAAUCAAACAGAUUGGCUGUUUCACGAACAGAUGGCACUGUGGAAAUUUAUAACUUGUCAGCAAACUACUUUCAGGAGAAAUUUUUCCCAGGUCAUGAGUCUCGGGCUACAGAAGCUCUGUGUUGGGCAGGAGGACAGCGACUCUUUAGUGCUGGACUCAAUGGAGAAAUUCUUGAGUAUGAUUUACAGGCAUUAAACAUCAAAUAUGCUGUGGAUGCUUUUGGAGGACCUAUUUGGAGUAUGACUGCCAGCCCCAGUGGCUCUCAGCUUUUGGUUGGCUGUGAAGAUGGAUCUGUAAAACUAUUUGAAAUCACACCAGACAAAAUCCAAUUUGAAAGAAAUUUUGAUCGUCAGAAAAGUCGCAUCCUGUGUCUCAGUUGGCAUCCUGCUGGUACCCAUGUUGCAGCUGGUUCCAUAGACUACAUCAGUGUGUUUGAUUUCAAAUCAGGGAGCACUGUUCGGAAGAUGAUUGUAGAUAGGCAACACCUGGGUGUGACUAAGCCGAAGUGUAUUGUGUGGGGCGUGGCCUUCUUGUCUGAUGGCACUGUCAUAAGUGUGGAUUCAGUUGGGAAAGUACAGUUAUGGGACUCUGCUACUGGGACCCUUGUCAAGAGUCACCUCAUUGCGAAUGCUGAUGUGCAGUCCAUUGCCGUUGCUGAACAAGAAGACAGUUUCGUGGUGGGCACAGCCGAGGGCACAAUAUUCCAUUUUCAACUGGUCUCUGUGACUUCCAACAGCAGUGAGAAGCAAUGGGUGCGGACCAAACCAUUCCAGCACCACACUCACGACGUACGCACCGUGGCCCACAGCCCAACGGCCCUGAUAUCUGGAGGCACUGACACACACUUGGUAAUUCGUCCUCUCAUGGAGAAGGUAGAAGUUAAGAAUUAUGAUGCUGCUCUCCGAAAAAUCACCUUUCCCCAUCGACGUCUCAUUUCCUGUUCUAAAAAGAGACAGCUUCUCCUCUUCCAAUUUGCUCAUCAUUUGGAACUUUGGCGACUAGGAUCUACCGUUGCAACAGGCAAGAAUGGAGAUACCCUUCCACUUUCCAAAAAUGCAGAUCAUUUAUUGCACCUCAAGACAAAGGGCCCUGAGAACAUUAUUUGCAGUUGCAUCUCUCCGUGUGGAGGUUGGAUAGCCUAUUCAACGGUAUCUCGUUUUUUCCUCUAUCGGUUGAAAUAUGAACGUGACAACAUAAGCCUCCAAAGGGUUUCAAAAAUGCCAGCAUUCCUUAGAUCUGCCCUUCAGAUUUUGUUUUCUGAAGAUUCAACAAAGCUCUUUGUGGCAUCAAAUCAAGGAUCUCUGCAUGUCAUUCAACUGAUGGAAGCAAGCUUUAAGCACCUGCAUAGUUUCCAGCCUCAAUCAGGGACUGUAGAGGCCAUGUGUCUUUUGGCAGUUAGUCCAGAUGGGAAUUGGCUAGCUGCAUCAGGUACCAGUGCUGGAGUCCACGUGUACAAUCUGAAGAAUCUAGAGCUUCACUGCACAGUGCCUGCCUACAAUUUUCCAGUAACUGCUCUAGCCAUUGCCCCCAAUACCAACAACCUUGUUAUUGCUCAUUCUGACCAACAGAUAUUUGAGUACAGCAUCCCAGACAAACAGUACACAGAAUGGAGCCGAACUGUCCAGAAGCAGGGGUUUCACCACCUGUGGCUCCAAAGGGAUACUCCCAUCACACACAUCAGUUUUCAUCCCAAGAGACCAAUGCACAUCCUCCUCCAUGAUGCCUACAUGUUCUGCAUCAUUGACAAGUCGUUGCCUUUGCCAAAUGAUAAAACUGUGUUCUACAAUCCUCUUCCUCCCACGAAUGAAUCAGAUGUAUUCCGGAGGCGCACAGUCCAUGCCUUUAAAAUUUCUAAGAUAUAUAAGCCCUUACUCUUCAUGGAUCUUCUGGAUGAAAGGACACUUGUGGCAGUAGAACGGCCCCUGGAUGACAUCAUUGCUCAGCUCCCACCACCCAUCAAAAAGAAGAAAUUUGGAACUUAGAGAAAGGACUUUGUGUCCUUUCUUGAACUGUCUGCCUAGUUUCUCUUCACAAAUCAUGAUAAUAAAACAAAAUUAUUCUUUAGGACUCUU